UCCCAUUCCUACAAUCACAAGUUUCUUCCAUCUCCCCAAAACCCUACAAUUGGUACGAGCCCUUUCAUUUUACCUCUUGUAUGCUUUUGUCUUCGUUGAUUAUUUCUCAAAAUCAAGUUUCACGAAACCAAUUUCUUGCAUUCCUCAAAAACAACAAAGCUAUUUUCUUUGCUUCAGCAGAAUCAAUCGUCCCCACCCACCAACUGUUUGUGAAAAUGGGAAACAGAAAACCCACCGUCGUGUACCCACCUGGCACCCCACGAAGAUCAUCGAGACUCCUUCUCCUCCAUGAAAACAGCAACCCUACCACCCCAAAACCCAAAUCUUCUACCCAAUCAAGAUCCAAAACCGUUAGGUUGCUUAGACGAUCUCCUAGAUUCUUGAAGAAAAAUGAUGUUAAAGUGAGUGAAUUUGGUUCUUGUGAUUCGACCAGAAAAACGAGUCCCGAAGGAAAAUGGAAGAAAUGUAGUGGGGUUAUUGAUAAGGGAGUUGUAGGUGAAGGUGGUAGAAAAAGGAGAAGAAAGCGCGGUGGCGAUGGAAUUGAUGAAGGGGGGAAGAAGGAAGAGAUUGAAGGUGGAGUAGAAGGCGGUGAAAUAGUGGAAGAGUUGAUGAAGGAAGAAAUUGAAGGUGGUGUGAAAAGGAAGAGAAAACGCGUUGGUGGUGUAGUUGCGGAAGGGUGGAGUAAGGAACAAGAGUUGGCUUUGAGCACAGCUUAUUUUACUGCAAAACCUAGUCCUCAUUUCUGGAAGAAUGUUUCGAAACUGGUACCUGGGAAGUCUAAACAAGAUUGCUUCGAUAGAGUUCACCACGACUUCCACACACCACCUCAAUGUCAGCCUCGAUCAAGGGCAAAGGCAAUCAACUCAUCACCCCUUCAUCAAUUCUCAAUAUCUGCAAGUAAACUGCUCAUACCUACUGGAAAGAAGGCUGGCAAAUCAAAUAUUCUCAAACCAAAGAGCAUCGUUACUCAGAAGUCUAUUGAGAAUCUGUUACAGCGCCAUCUUAAAGUUGAUCAAAAUCAUAAAGGGGACAUAUUUUCUGUUCUUGAACCCAACAUUGAUUUUUCUACUAAUGCUAUUCUACCUGGUCAAGAACUGUGUACUCCAAAGCAACAAAAGGAAAAUCAAGGGUUCCUACAAUCAUCUUCAAUUCAUAAGCAUAAGAAGUCUCUUUCUAGAUUUAGCGGCUCAUCAGAUGUUAAAGAUCUUGCUAGUCCACCUGUGCUAAAGCAAGUAAAGAACAAGGUGCAGCAUGAAAAAUAUGUGAAUCAAUUAAGAUUUAGGGACCUUAGGAGAAGAGCAGCAUCUACACGGGCAAAAAAAUCUGUAGGUGGAGAAGGAAAAGGCAUUCAGAAAACAGAUGUUGUUAAAGCAGCAAAAGUUGCAUUGCUUUCUGAAGCUAGAGAUGCUAUCAAAAAUUUUCAGCAAUCUCAAAUCAAUUUCAUGGGAAACACUUGCAGUUCUGAUGAGGACAAUGACGAUGACAUUGGAGUUGAAGAUGAAAGUCCAUAGGCUCUUCUCAAGCUAAUUGAUUGAAACUUGUUGAAUAAUUGCAUGUAUAGUUUCUUUUAAAGUUUUAGUCAUUGUAGGUUAGUCAAAAUCUAGUUUUUAAAAAAUCCCAAGUUUUGUAGAUGUAGCAUUUACUUGUAGUAGUUAAUAAAUAGAAGCAAUUCACUUUUUUCUUGCUCCAAACUUCUAUUGUAAUAUGGGCAAUGAGAAUUUUUCAGAUGUAAUGCAUUUAGGUUGGGCUAUAGAGCAAUGAUAAUUCAUAAUUGUUUUGUAUC